UUGGAUUAUACAUCAGAUACACGUCAUGAAGUAUUUAUUACCUGUAGUAUGAAGUAUUUAUUACUUUGCAAGGGUGAGAUAAAUUACCAUGAACCAGGCACAUAAUGAGCACUGGUGAUGACAGAGAUUGUUGUUAUUGCACAACACAAAUACUAUACUUUGAUAAAGCAUCUUGACAGUCCUUCCAGGUGGGCGCCUCCUAACAUGAAGGAAAUGGAAGAGACUAUAAAGCCAGCUGACAGAAGGGGGGGCGCUAGCAUUCCUCUUCCCACUGACAAACCUGUAAAAAGGGGAGUGAAACUGCACAACAAACCUGUUUUUGCUGCUUCUCCACAGGUAAGUGGUCCCUUACUCUGUACCCCUGCCUCAAACCUUUCAGUUUCUGGAUUCUCUGAUUCUUAAUAACUCUAUCAUGUCGUUUCCCUUCUCCGGGGAACUCCUGAUUGUACAUUUUCUUUCUCUAGGAAUCACCUUUUUUCUUUCACAUGAUUUAUCUAUAUCAGUAUGACAAAUUAUUCAUUUUUAGAAGUAAAUUCUUUGGUGAGUCUCUUGGGAUUUUUGCCAUUCGUAUUUGUUGACUUGGGCACAGAAACGGCUCCUACUAUUUGACUUUCAUGUCUUGCUUCUUUGUUAAGCUGCUACCAUUUCCUAAUGUGUUUCUAUAUUUUAAGAAUUUCCAAAUGACCUCAUUUCAGCAAGAGUGUUUUCCCCAAACCAGCUGCUCUCUCUUCUGAUGAACGUUCUCCAAUAACUUGUUAAUUGUGCAUUUCCAGACACUAGUUGAUUUUAUCUCACUUGUCAGGUUCUGAUAUCACUUUUACUCACAUAGGCAAAAUCAAUAAUUUCCAGGUACUUCCUUCCUUCUGCACUUGUGAGAAAGAAAUCCUUUUCCACCUAUCCCUUUACUUAGCAGAUGAGGACUUUCCCAUAAACAUAUCUGGCCUCACAGUCAUUUAUCAUUAGAUGUUUAUCAUUUCAUUUUCAUUUUCAGUGAAUUCUGAAUAAAAGGACCACAACUUCUCAUCAGAGGAAAACUGUGAGGUCUCAGAACAGUAAAGAACAAUGAGUACUACAGAAGAAGCUGAAGCUUUGAAAAUGUUAUUUUGGAAUCAGAAUGCAUUUCUAAUAUCAAAGAUUAUGUUUACUGCCUCUGAUCUUGGUGUAUUUGAUCUGCUGAUGGACUCCAAAGAACCGCUGACUUCAGUAUCUAUUGCUGAACGUCUGGGUACCAGUCCCUUUGGGAUGGAGAGGCUGCUGGACGCCUGUGUUGGCUACAAGUUCCUGCAAGUGGAAAGGAAGGAGAACCAAACGCUUUAUGGAAAUACUGACCUUGCCAAUCGCUACCUUGGCAAAAGAAGCCCAAAGACUCAUUAUUAUUCCAUGAAGUUCAGUUCUGAAUUUGUCUAUACGAGAGCACAGCACCUGGCUGAUUCUGUGAGGGAAGGAGAGGCUCAGUCAUAUAGAUUAAGUGACAGUUCUACAAAAAAAUUCUAUGAGGCUAUGUGCAGAUCAGAGAGCAGCUUGCGAGAAUUCAUGGAGUUUAUGCAUGAGAUCUGGAGUCUGUGUGGUCGAGUUGUGUUGAAUGCAUUUGAUCUCUCUCAUUUCCCACUCGUUUGUGAUGUGGGAGGAUGUAGUGGAGCCCUAGCAAAGGAAUAUAUUUCAUUGUAUCCAAAUUCUACAGUGACCAUUUUAGACCUACCGGAAGUAGUGGAAACAGGAAAGAAGCAUUUUGUCUCCUCAGAGGAACACAGAAUUACUUUUCACAAAGGUGAUGCUUUUAAAGAUCCAAUUCCAGAAGCUGACCUGUAUAUUUUGGCUAGGAUCCUGCACUGCUUUACAGAUGAGAAUUGUGUGCAACUGCUAACCAGACUGAACAAAGCCUGCAAGCCUGGUGGUGGAGUUCUAGUAGUGGAAAUAGUUCUCAACGAAGACAGAACGGGGCCAGUGGAAGCUCAAAUAUUCAGUUUGGUUAUGCUGCUUUGUACUCAAGGAAAAGAACGGACCCCGUCAGAGUACAAUGCGCUCCUCAGUGCUGCUGGCUUUAAGCAGAUUCAGCAAAAGAAAACAGGCCACUUUGACGCCAUUUUAGGAAGAAAAUAACAUUGACCAAGAACAUUCUGUGAGCGUCGUGACUGAACGGAUAUAUUUCAGCCUGAUUCUUUGCAGCCAUAAUUGAACAUGCUUAAUCGCUUUUUUUUUUUUUUGCAAAUCCUCACCAUGUGGAAAUAUCUCCUUCACCCCCCUGUUUAUCAUUAUGCUUGAAUACUAAGAGAAGCUAGAAUAAUAAUACUGUACUAAUUGUUACAUGUUAACGACCAUUGUAAUAAUAGUAGUUAUUACCGUCAUUUGUCUGCUUG